AGGCAGCUACCAUGCAGGUGUCAGGCCUCCCCCCAGGGGCAGUCUUAGUCCCUCGUGGUAAAACCAUACGCUCCUAAGCCAGAGCCACUCAGGCUACAUACACCUCCUACACCACAUCCAACAAGGCAGCUACCAUGCAGGUAUCAGGCCUCCCCCAGGGGCAGUCUUAGUCCCUCCUGGUAAACCCUUACGCUCCUAAGUCAGAGCCACUCGGGCUACAUAUACCUCCUACACCACACCCAACAAAGCAGCUACCAUGCAGCUGCCAGGCCUCCCCCCAGGGGCAGUCUUAGUCCCUCCAGGUACGCCAUUGAUUCCUCUUCAACAAAAUGGACAACUCACUUCAGCAGCUCAACAGACAACACAAACAGUUUAUCGUAUCCCCAACACAAACCAGCUUGUCACCAUACCAAAUAAUUCAUUGGGUCAGUUUGAUAUAUUAGCGUCAGACGCAGGACAGAAUAGCGGACUUCCAACAAUCACAGGCAGUGCAUCCACACAAGGUACAUGGAUGACACCAACAACACAGCAGUCAUCAAGUGGCCUGACCCCUGGGUUAGUAAUGUACCAGACACCCCAGGGUAUUGUGUAUGCUCCCACCACUGCCACGCUGCAGGACCGGUCAGUGUUUAACUUCCAGCAGCCUGCCACAAGUCUUUCUAUCCCAACACAGCAGACUGAGGGUGGACAACAGAUAAUCACAAUACCUGUCCCUGUGUCAUUGUCAGGGACCUCACCACAGGUGCUCCAGUUAAGUGCUCCACUGGACAGUAGUCCCGGGGCACUCACACUCAGCCAUCCGAGUGCAGCCAAGCGCUCCCGCAAGUGACAUGUGUGAUUUCGCUAUUGUGACUUGAAUUCUACAUGUGUCCAAGUUGUGGUGGAUACUGAUUCACACUCUUGUUUUGAAGACCUCAAGUCUGGUCCAUUGGGAUGUGCGACACCAUAUCUUCGUUUUGGAUAUGCAGACAGUCUGUGUUUUCUGAUACAUACAGGCAAUCUAGAGGAUAUGCAGAAAAUCCACUUCCUGAUGCUUACACGGAUUUGUUGGUGCUUUACUGCUGUGACAUUUGAAUGAUAACAAAAGAUUGCAGUAAAAUGGAUGACAGUGAUAUGUAACAGGUUCUGAUGCUUCCCCAGGACAUUGGCUGCUGGUUAUAUAAGGUAUCUGAUUCAGAUGUCACAGGACUGACCCUGGGUGAUGAGGAAAUACUGUCUCAAUUGUCUAAGGAGGAUGUCUGAUACUGUCAAUAUCCUUGUCUAACCUCCUGGUGAAUAUGUUGCACCAUCAUUAAAAUAAUAAAUUGCAUUUAAAUUAUUAUUCACAGAUUAUGAAGAUGAAGGUAUUGGUCUUAUGAAAGUGUGAAAUAAUUGUAACCUAGAUUGAGUGAUUUGUACAUGUACUAGUUCCUCAGAUGUGACAGAUUAUGUUGUUUUAAGAAUUUUUUGAAGUUGCAUGAUCAUGAAUAAGAUAAUUCAUAACAAUUAUGGAAAACUAUGUUUCCGAGGGACAUAUUUGUCAACUCAGUUGCUAUGAUUGAGGUUUCCUA